CGGGCGCGCGGAACGGAGCAGGGCAGCUCUCAGCCGGGACGUGCUGUGCCGUAUUGUGCUGUGCCGGACCGUGUUGUGCCGGGCCGUAUUGUGCUGUGCCGUGCAGUGCUGUAUUGUGCUGUGCCGGGCCGUAUUGUGCUGUGCCGUGCAGUGCUGUAUUGUGCUGUGCCGGGCCGUGUCGUGCCGGGCCGUGCCGGGCACCGUGAGCUGCGGAGCCGCUGCAGCCCGGCGCGGUGGCUGCGGGCACGGCGGGAGCUCCGGCAGCACCGUCCGGUAGCGCCUCGCCGGGCGGUGACGGGAGGCGGCCCCCGCUCCGUGCUCUGCCCCCCGCCGUGCCGCCCGGCGCUCCCUAUGGGGCGGGCAGGGGAAGGAGCCCCGCUGACAUUCCUCUUCUCGGCCCGCAGUGCAGGAAUGAAGCUGCGGUCCAAACGGGAGCUCACGGGGAGCUGCCGGGCGGCGGGAGGCGUCGAUGGGGCCGCAGCCCGUGACGGGAUCUCAGCCCCGGGCGGGACCGCAACGAGUCACGGAGACAACGCGCACCGCAAGAGGCGGAGAACGGCGCGCGGCGGGCGGGGAGCGGAGCGCGACCCGAACGAGACGGCGUGUGCGGAGCCGGCCGCGCGUGUCCCGCCGUGUCGGGCCGAGGCUGAUCCGCGCACCGCGCACACACGGCGCGUCCCCGGCGGGCAGCGGUCGGACCCGCCGCUGGGAGCGGCCGCCGAUCGGCUGCGGGGGGAAUGUACGGGGAUGGGAUCCGGGACUGCAGUGCGAGGAGAGGAAAACGGCGGGUGGAAAACGGGGGAAGAGACGGAGCCGGGGGAUACGGGAACCCGGCAUUACCGGUCUGAGACAGAUGCUGACGUCUUGCAGCCUUCUGACAGCAACAGCUUCACAGCGGGGAGAAUAGCACGAGGUCCAGAUGAACCAGUCCCACGGACACAAGUGGAUAGGAGGAAAACAAGCCCGUAUUUCUCAAGCAAAUACAGUAAAGAAGCUCUCAGCCCUCCGAGGAGGAAGGCCUUCAGAAAAUGGACUCCUCCACGCUCCCCUUUUAAUUUGGUCCAAGAAACACUUUUCCACGAUCCAUGGAAACUUCUCAUUGCCACCAUAUUCCUCAAUAAGACUUCAGGUAAAAUGGCCAUUCCUGUGCUCUGGGAGUUCCUCAGGAAAUACCCUUGCCCUGAAGUAGCCAGAACUGCAGACUGGAAAGAAAUGUCAGAGCUGCUCAGACCUCUGGGCCUCUACGCGCUCAGAGCAAAAACUAUCAUCAAGUUCUCAGAUGAGUUCCUGAGCAAGCAGUGGAAGUACCCCAUUGAGCUGCACGGGAUCGGGAAGUACGGAAAUGACUCCUACAGGAUCUUCUGCGUUAAUGAAUGGAAGGAGGUGCAGCCCCAGGACCACAAGUUGAACAUUUACCACACGUGGCUCCGGGAGAACCACGAGCAGCUGAGCGUGGACUGAGAGCAGCCACCAACGGGCCGUGCAGCCCCAGCGCCGCACUGAGCGUCGUGUGCUUAGUUUGUGCGUUGUUGUGCCGUCGGACUCAGAUAAUCGCUGUAAUAAAGUGUUCAAAUGCUGUGAAUGUUUUUAAUAAACGGAUCUGACUGUUUGUACCAUCA